GCAGUGCUAAAAGUGCGGGGUGAGAUCAGAGAGCAGGAAUACCCCCAACCUCACAGUCUUCGGUUCAGUACACAUACACAGACUAGUUUCUUUUUCAAUCAGGUCUGUGCGUGUGGGUGAAUGCAGAAGAUCAGUGAAGGUUCGUGUCCCACACUGACUGACAGAAGGAGGAGGACACAUGCGGUUACUAGACUAAUAAGGGCUGCUCGGAAGGACGCCGGUAGAACUGUUUAAUACAAACCUGAGGAUCUAGACUAAACUACUGGACUUUAUAUUGAAUUCUACUCAGACUUUGAGAGCAGUGCUAAAAGUGCGGGGUGAGAUCAGAGAGCAGGAAUUCCUCAACCUCACUGUGUUCGGUUCAGUACAGAUACACAAGCGGCUGAUAAACGCGCACUAGUUCCUUCUUAAUUCAGCGAGCGCAUGUGGGUGGUUCGUGUCCCGCACUGUGACUGAAGGAGGACGGAGGACGCAUGCGGUCACUAAUUUAACAGGGGCUGUUCGGAAGGACACCGGUAGAACUUUUUAAACUCCGGAUACAAACCGACUGAGGAUCUAGUCUUGUUUUCAUUUCCAAAUUCCUGGAUUUUAAGCUCUACGAUCAGCCCAGAUCUGCUGUGUUUCUGUCUCAUGUCUGUGAGAACUUUGAGCUCUGUUGACUGGCACCAUGACGCCCGGAGCUGAGAUGAGACUCGAGUCCCGACUUAGUAAACUGGAGGCCUUGAUCAGAGACCAGCGAUCAGCCCUUAAUUUGGAGAGUCUGUUGGAUUCCAUAAAUGCUUUGACCUUUGAUCUGAACCAUCCGGCACUGAGGAAAAACAAAAACAUUGAUGCCUUCCUGAGCAGAUAUGAGAAGGUUGUGAAUCGGCUGAGGGAGCUGCAAGUGAGGCUGGACGAUUUCGAACGAAUCAAACUAAUCGGUAGAGGAGCCUAUGGAGCAGUGCAACUGGUGCGACACAAGGUCUCCAAGAAGGCCUACGCUAUGAAGAAGCUCAGUAAGUUUGAAAUGAUUAAGCGUUCAGAUUCUGCCUUCUUCUGGGAGGAGCGUGACAUCAUGGCUUUCUCCAACAGCCCCUGGAUCGUACAGCUGUGCUGCGCCUUCCAAGAUGAGCGCCACCUCUACUUAGUGAUGGAGUUCAUGGCUGGCGGAGACUUGGUCACCUUGACCAUGAACUACGACAUGCCUGAGGAAUGGGCGCGCUUCUACACGGCUGAAGUGGUGCUGGCGCUGGACGCCAUCCACUCCAUGGGCUUCAUCCACAGGGACAUCAAACCCGACAACAUGUUGUUGGACCGCAGUGGACAUCUCAAACUGGCCGACUUCGGCACCUGCAUGAAAAUGGACAAGUCUGGUAUGGUUCGUUGUGAAACAGCGGUUGGAACCCCAGAUUACAUUUCUCCAGAGGUGCUGAUGUCGCAGGGUGGAACUGGUUAUUAUGGACGGGAGUGUGACUGGUGGUCCGUAGGAGUCUUCAUUUAUGAGCUACUGGUUGGUGAAACUCCAUUUUAUGCUGAGUCACUGGUGGGAACGUACGGCAAGAUCAUGAAUCACAAAAACAGCCUGACCUUCCCAGAUGAUACUGGGAUGUCCAAAGAAGCCAAAGACCUAAUCUGUGCCUUCUUGACUGACAGGGAGACGAGGCUCGGCCAGGCGGGAGUGGAAGAGAUCAAACGUCAUCCCUUUUUCAAGAAUGACCAAUGGACCUUUGACACGAUACGGGACACCAUGGCUCCAGUAGUGCCCGAGUUGAACAGUGAUAUUGACACAAGUAAUUUUGACGACAUUGAGGAUGAUAAAGGUGACGUGGAAACAUUCCCACCUCCACGUGCCUUCGCAGGAAAUCAGCUACCCUUCGUGGGCUUUACCUACUUCAGAGAAAACCAGUUGCUGGGCAAAAAACAAACCAGUAUUGAGAUUGACUAUAAUGAUUUAACGGAGAAGGAACAUCUUUUAGACAAAUCUGAGUCUGAUGAUGCUCAGAAGAAGCUGAAGAAGUUAGAAGAAAAUUACAAACGUGAUACUCAGGCCAAGGAUGAACUGGAAAGCAAAUGCAGAUCUGCCAAUGAGAAGCUAGAUAAAUUGUCGAAGGAUCUUGAGGAAGAGAUUAGUGCAAGGCACAAAGUGGAGGAAUCCUUAAGAAAGUUGGAGAGAGAGAACGCUCUGCUACAGCACCAGAACACAGAAAGCCUCAGGAAGAGUGAACUCGAGACAGAACGUAAACGAGGCUUAGAAAGCGAAGUGAACAGUCUAAAAGAACAGCUGGCCGAGCUAAAGAAGAAAAGCCACAACUCACAGAUCUUGACCGAGAAAAACAUCCAACUAGAGAGACAGCUAGAAGAGGUGAAUGCAAAGCUGAAGUCAGAGGUUGAGGAGUCUGGUCGUGUGAGAAAAGCUCAGGCCGAGGCGGGGAGCAAGGCCCAACAGCUGGAGCUUUCUCUGAGGGAACUGCAGCAGAAGCUGAACCAGGUGGAGAGUAGUCGACUUAACCUAGAGCAGGACAACCUUAACCUGCAGAGCACCAUCGAGACAGAGAGAAGGGAGCGCAGCCUGAGCUCUGAGACCAUCACUGACCUUCAGGCUCGUGUUUCGAGUCUGGAAGAAGAACUGAAGCAGACCAAGAACUUGCUCUCUAAAGCCGAGGCUGAGAAGCGACAGCUGCAGGAGGAACUCACCAUCCUGGAAAAGGUGAGAAGUCAGCAGGAGAUUGACCUCUCCUUCAAGCUGAAAUCCAUUCAGCAGCGCUUGGAGCAGGAGGAAGAGGAGCACAAAGCUACGAAAUCCCGCCUCGCUGACCACAGCAAGCUUAACCAGACCAUCGAAGAGGCCAAGUCUGAAGCGCUGAGAGACAUGGAGCGCAAGCUGCAGGACGAGCGCUCGGCUAAGCAACAGCUGGAGAAUAGCCUGAUGCUGUUGGAGAAACAUCAUUCAGUGUUAGACUGUGACUUCAAACAGGCACAGCAUGAACUGCAAGAGCUGCGCUCACACAAGAACAAACUCACUGAGGAGGUGGAUAUUCUAACUGUGCGUGUAGAACAGGAAACCCAGCGGAGGAAUCUGUCUCAGGCUGAUCUGAAGGCCCAGAGGCAGGAGGUCAGUGUACUGCUGUCCUCGGAAAAACAACUUAAACAAGAACUCAACCACCUGCUGGAGCUGAAACUCAGUCUGGAGAAACACAACCAGGAGAUGUGCAGGGACAGAGAAGCAGCUGAUGCACAUCUGAAGGAGAUAAAAGACCAGCUGGAAGCAGAGCAGUAUUUUACAAAACUGUAUAAGACGCAGAUACUGGAGCUAAAGGAGGAAUGUGAUGAGAAGACUAAAUUGUACCAGGAUGCUCAACAGAGACUGGAGGAUCUACAAGAGGAAAGGGACUCCUUGGCUGAACAAUUGGAGACCAGCCUGACCAAAGCAGACUCGGAGCAACUGGCACGUUCCAUUGCUGAGGAGCUGUACUCAAAUCUGGAGAAGGAGAAGAUCAUGAAGGAGCUCGAGAUCAAGGACAUGAUAGCCAGACACAAACAGGAGCUAAACGACAAAGACAACACCAUCAGCUCGCUUGAGGAGUCUAACCGCACACUGACCAUGGAUGUAGCCAAGCUAGCCAGUGAGAAAGAGGAACUCAAUAACCGACUCAAAGAACUUCAGCAGCAGCUACAGAAAACCAAAGAGGAGGAGAAACAGGUCAUUGUUAUGAAAGAUUCUUAUGAGAAGCAUCUUCAGUCUGAGAGAACUCUCAAGAUCCAGGCAGUAAACAAGCUGGCUGAGAUCAUGAACAGAAAGGAUCUGGUGCGUGGCGGGCAUCGUGGCGAUGAAGGAGAGCUGAGGAGGAAGGAAAAGGAAAAUAGAAAGUUGCAGCUGGAGCUGCGCUCUGAAAAAGAGAAGCUAAACAGCACUAUCUUUAAAUUCCAGAAAGAGAUCAACGAUAUGCAGGCUAUGAUAAUGGAUGAGUCGCAAGUACGUGUGGAGCUGCAGAUGGCUUUGGACAGUAAGGACAGUGAUAUUGAGCGUCUGCGAAGUCAGCUAACGUCACUCAGCAUCCACUCCUUAGAUACGACCAGCAUCAGCAGUAUGGGCAACGAUCCAGAUAUCGACGAACCUUACCCAGUGCGCAUCACACACUCACAAACCUCGGAGUCCAUGUCAUUCACGUACCAGCGAAGCUCAAAGCGGGUGUGUAUUGAUACCCGGCCGAGCCGCGUCGCCUCAUUCUUCCGCUCGGACAGCGAAGAGCAGGAGGAUAAGGAAGACCAGCGUCGGCCUCGUCUGGCCCUCUGUGAGGGGCUGGCGGACUCGGAGCCUGCAGACUCCAGUCUGGAGGGCUGGUUAUCCCUUCCCAGCAAAAACUCCAAGAGAUUUGGAUGGGAUAAAAAGUAUGUGGUAAUGAGCAGUAAGAAGAUCUUGUUCUACAACUCAGAAGAAGACCGUGAGCAAUCCAACCCAUUUAUGAUACUCGACAUAGACAAACUGUUCCAUGUUCGACCUGUCACUCAGACUGACGUUUACCGUGCGGAUGUCAGAGAGAUCCCACGCAUUUUCCAGAUACUUUACGCUAAUGAGGGUGAGAGUAAGAAGGAUCAAGAAAUGGUCAUGGAGCUUUCACCGGCUGAUAGGUCAUCCUGCAUCCCCCACAAAGGUCAUGAGCUCGUGCCCACGCUCUACCACUUUCCCUCCAGCUGUGAGGCUUGUCCUAGACCCCUCUGGAACGUCUUCAAGCCCCCUCCAGCAUUGGAGUGCCGGCGCUGCCAUGUCAAAUGCCACAAAGACCACCUAGACCUCAAGGAGGAAGUGCUAGCUCCUUGCAAAGUGAACUAUGACAUAUCCACGGCUAAAGAGCUACUGCUGCAGGCCAGUUCUGCCGCCGAACAGCAGAAAUGGAUCAGUCGACUUCUCAAGAGAAUCCCACGUAAACCAACAACACCAAGUGUGGCUAUUACAUAUGCAGUCCCUCAGGAAAGUCCUGUAGGGUCACCCCCAUUGACUUCACCUCGUCUUUCCCCUCGGAACUCACCCAAACUUGUUCCCAGAGGAGCCAUUAGAGUGCACAGCAGAGGCCCACCACCUUCCACCAAGCCCAGCAUGAUAGAGUUUGACCUGAAGAACUGGGGUUGGGCUCUUCUUGAUGAUGAUCAUGAUGAUGUGUUUGACUUCUGAGGAUGUGGGAGACUGCAGGCCAACCAUGAUGGACACACGGAACAGAGCCUUACAUGGCACAUGCCUCAGCAAGGACAAUGCAGACAGAAAUUUCAUGUCACGGGUAUUGAAGGUACCCUGCAAUUUACCUCUGCAACAGACUGGCACGCCACAUCAAACUGGAGAGCAAUUUGUGACUUUUGACAGGCUUGGCUUUUUAUAUCUGCCGUUAUAUAAAACGCUCCGGCGACGUCCAUGUUACAGGGUGAAAAAUAUAAGUAUUAAGUCCAUGUCUGGAUUUGUGUGUGAUCGUGUGUGAAUUAAUAAUUUUGCCAUACGAUGUUCUGAACUUGUGUAAUCAAGUAUUAUAUCUAUUUCUUUAUGGGAAACAUACGUUUGUGAACACUCCAUUUGUAUUAUUGUGGAAUAUUUUAAUGCAAAUGAUCCGGAGCCAGACUGUGUGGUGUAUUUGAAGGAAAUAAUGCAGACAGUUUGCUGUUUUGUUUCAGUGGAAUUACAUUGCACCUUUUAUGUACGCACUACACCAUUACACAUCACAAUAGAUUUUCCAUCUAUUUUGUAAAGGUAGACAUAAGGACCAUUGACUAAGGCAUUGUUAAUUAACCUUAACCCACUAAAAGGAUUUAUUUUAAGUAAUAAAUGCUUUAAUGAAAUUGCAUAUAUGUCCAUGCACCACCACCAAUCCAAUCAAAUAAACUUG